AUGAACCAGGACCAGAACCAGGACUUGUAUACCAAAGCCAAGAACAUGAUGAGAGACAGCGCUGCUUCCAAUGGUGAAUGCUUGUUUCUCCCCGAGAGUCAACUCUGCAGCCUGGUAAAUGACCGCAGCUUUACCUCCUCCCUAGGAGAUAAUCCCCCGCCGGGCCUGAUCAAAUUCGUGCGCGACGAAGCGCCAAGGGUUUUCUUGACCAUCUGGUGGACCUUUGAGGACUCUGACAGUUCGGAGCUAGUCUCCAUUAUGACAAAGUUCCAGAAAUGCAGGUUCACUGAUGAUGUACUCCCGAUCGAUAACAAUGCCAAGACAUGCCUGAAACGUGGGCAGGACGCUAAGCAUUGUUCUCACAAGCAAGCUCUAGAUGUGUUUCACGACGACAGCAUCUGGAAGACUCGCAAGAUAGAUCGAUUUUGCGAAAAUCAGUGGGCGUUCAUUGCCCCUGUGUUCACAAAGGGUGAUGCCAAACGAAGACUGCCUGCCAGCUCCAGACUGCCAUUCUUGGAGUUCAGGGAUGCGGGGCGAGGUGCCUUCUCCGACGUGUUCAAGGCUGAGCUCCUCGCAGAUCAUCAGAAAGAAUUCAACCUUAAACCCCCACCCGACCGCGAUGUGGUCCCCGUUGCCGUGAAGAAGUUCAGAAAUGACCCGAAGGCAAACUUGAAUGCUGAGAACACUUGGGAGGAGGAAGCAACAACGGUCGACAAGCUCGGUUCCAUUCGCCACAAGCACUUGAUUCAACGCAUGGCUGCAUUCAGCCGGCAUGACGAGUACUAUAUCAUGUUCGAGUGGGCCGAUGGAGGAAAUCUCGAAGAACUAUGGCUAUCUGAUCACAACGACGAGCAUCGGAAACUGACCCGGGAUCAGAUCAUAGACGUUGUAGAACAGCUAUACGGUCUGUCUGGUGCACUUUGUGAGCUGCAUGGUACCAACACUCGCACAUCGACAGGUCUCAACGUGGCCAGCCAGCGAGCAAGGAACAUUACCUCUAAUGGAGUUCGUAUCGACAACAGCGGGGCUACUGGCAUACCUGUCAUCGCAAUUGGCGAUCAGGACGCUUCCGAGAGUCUUCCUGACACCGAGAACUGGCGCCAUGGCGACUUGAAGCCUCAGAACAUCCUCAAGGUCGGCGCUUCGGAAUGGCUCGGAACUCUCAAGAUUGCCGACCUCGGAUUGGCCAAGCACCACCAGUUCGUGACAUAUCUCAGGGAAGGCCCGACCAACACAAAGUUCGCGACGCAGCACUACGAAGCACCGGAGGUCAUCAUCGCAUCGAUGGUGCCCAGGUCGCGACGGUACGAUAUAUGGUCAAUGGGCUGCAUCAUCUUCGAGUUCGUCAUCUGGCUCCUGUACGGCAAAAGCGCGCUCCAGGACUUUUACAAUGAGGUGGACAACAUCGAGGACCCUUCGAUUGAGACACUCUAUUUCAUCGUCAACAGGCGUGAUCGCUCCGCGAGAGUCAGCGACAUUGCGUCUCACUGGAUGCGCCAGAUUCUGGAGAACGACCCCGAAUGCAACAAAGCUAACAAGACGGUGCUUGGAGACCUCCUUAGGCUGGUCCAGAGGAGAAUGUCCGGGAAGAAUGGAGGGUCUCAGCUGCCGCUGUGA